CUGGCAGCAUUGUUUGUCUUUAGGUGCACAUGAGUCCGUGGAAAUGUCCAACCUGACUGCGCUCUCUGAAUUCAUCCUCUUGGGACUCUCCUCUAGACCUGAAGACCAGAAACCACUCUUUGUCCUCUUUCUUAUCAUAUACAUGGUCACCUUGCUGGGAAAUCUGCUCAUCAUCUUGGCUAUACGCUCUCAUCCUCAACUCCAAAACCCCAUGUAUUUCUUCCUAAGCAACUUGUCCUUUGCUGAUAUUUGCUACACCACGGUCAUAAUCCCCAAGAUGCUGGUGAAUUUCUUAUCAGAGAAAAAGACCAUUUCUUAUGCUGAAUGCCUGAUACAGAUGCAUUUUUUCCUGAUCUUUGGAAACAUAGAUAGUUAUAUCCUGGCAGCGAUGGCUAUUGACCGCUAUGUAGCAAUCUGUAACCCCUUCCAUUAUGUCACUGUUAUGAACCGCAGGCGCUGUGGGUUGCUACUACUCUUCUCCAUCACUUUCUCCUAUCUCCACUCCCUUCUACACGUCCUUCUGGUGAAUCGGCUCACCUUUUGUGCAUCAAAUGUUAUUCGCCACUUUUUUUGUGAUGUCAGCCCCGUUCUGAAACUGUCCUGUUCAUCUACAUUUGUCAAUGAAGUUCUGGUCAUGACAGAAGGGCUGGCCUCUGUGAUGGCUCCAUUCAUCUGUGUCAUCAUCUCUUAUCUGAGAAUCCUAAUGGCUAUUCUCAAGAUUCCCUCAGCCACUGGAAAGCGCAAAGCCUUCUCCACCUGCAGCUCCCACCUCACGGUAGUGACCCUGUUCUAUGGGAGUAUUAGCUAUGUUUACUUUAAGCCUUUAUCCAGCUAUACUAUCAAGGAUCGAAUAGCCACAGUCAUCUAUACCGUGUUAACAUCCACACUGAAUCCAUUUAUCUACAGUUUAAGAAACAAAGACAUGAAACAGGGUCUAGGGAAACUGAUAAACAAUAUCAAGUUUCAAAUGGGUAGCUUUUAUUCUAUAAAGGUCAGCAAGAUCUGUGGAUCCUGAUUGCAAGGGGUGUGUGUGUGUGUGUGUGU